GUGCCUGCCUCUCUCCCUGAGCUAGGUGGUGCGCUUGCCAGGAGAGGAGCUAUGUUUGAAGAGCAGCCUACUUCAGCCGUCUCCUCUCCGGCCCCUCGCCACCGCUACACACUGGCAUUUUGAGGGAAAAAAAUUGCCUCCAGAAAUUGAGCACCCCCAAGCCCUUCCCCCUUUUUUUCCUUCUUGAGGAAUGGAGCAUCGCGGAGGUUGUAUUUAGAUUCAACAGUUCAGAGCGGAGAGGCUGCUUGCUGCCGCCUCUCCCGAGAGCUCGCAGGGCUCCCUAGAGGCGGUGGUCCCUGCGCCGGUCUGGAUGCGGCUCUGAGUCUCCGUGUGUCUUUCUGCUUGUUGCUGUGUGCAGGUGUUCGGCGAUCACCUUUGUGUGUCUUCUGUCUGUUUAAACUUCAGGAUGGCUCGCUUCGGGGAGGCGGUGGUCGGCAGGCCGGGGUCGGGAGAUGGAGACUCGGACCAGAGCAGGAACCGGCAAGGAACCCCAGUGCCGGUCUCGGGGCCGGCAGCCGCCUACAAGCAGUCGAAAGCGCAGAGGGCGCGGACUAUGGCUUUGUACAACCCCAUUCCCGUCCGGCAGAACUGUUUCACCGUCAACAGAUCCCUGUUCAUCUUCGGAGAAGAUAACAUUGUCAGGAAAUACGCCAAGAAGCUCAUCGAUUGGCCGCCAUUUGAGUACAUGAUCCUGGCCACCAUCAUUGCUAACUGCAUCGUCUUGGCCCUGGAGCAGCAUCUUCCUGAAGAUGACAAGACCCCAAUGUCCCGGAGACUGGAAAAAACAGAACCAUAUUUCAUUGGGAUCUUCUGCUUUGAAGCAGGCAUCAAAAUCGUGGCCCUGGGCUUCAUCUUCCACAAGGGUUCGUACCUCCGCAAUGGCUGGAAUGUCAUGGACUUCAUUGUGGUCCUCAGUGGCAUCCUGGCCACUGCGGGAACCCACUUCAACACCCACGUGGACCUGAGGACCCUCCGGGCAGUGCGUGUACUCAGGCCCUUGAAGCUCGUGUCAGGGAUUCCUAGCCUGCAGAUUGUGUUGAAGUCCAUCAUGAAGGCCAUGGUGCCUCUUCUGCAGAUCGGCCUUCUGCUCUUCUUUGCCAUCCUGAUGUUUGCUAUCAUUGGCUUGGAAUUCUACAGUGGGAAAUUACAUCGGGCAUGCUUCAUGAAUAAUUCAGGUAUUCUAGAAGGAUUUGAUCCCCCACACCCAUGUGGUGUGCAAGGCUGCCCAGCCGGUUAUGAAUGCAAGGACUGGAUCGGCCCCAAUGACGGGAUCACCCAGUUUGACAACAUCCUCUUUGCUGUGCUGACCGUCUUCCAGUGCAUCACCAUGGAAGGGUGGACCACUGUGCUGUACAAUACCAAUGAUGCCUUAGGAGCCACCUGGAACUGGCUGUACUUCAUCCCCCUGAUCAUCAUUGGAUCCUUCUUUGUUUUGAAUCUAGUCCUCGGAGUGCUUUCUGGGGAAUUUGCCAAAGAGAGAGAGCGAGUGGAGAACAGGAGAGCAUUCAUGAAACUGCGGCGCCAGCAGCAGAUUGAGCGUGAGCUGAAUGGCUACCGGGCCUGGAUUGACAAAGCCGAGGAAGUCAUGCUUGCUGAAGAAAAUAAAAAUUCUGGGACAUCAGCCUUAGAAGUGCUUCGAAGGGCCACCAUCAAAAGGAGCCGGACGGAGGCCAUGACCCGAGAUUCCAGCGAUGAGCACUGCGUUGAUAUCUCUUCUGUGGGCACACCGCUUGCCCGAGCCAGUAUCAAGAGCACGAAGGUCGAUGGAGCUUCUUAUUUCCGGCACAAGGAAAGGCUUCUCCGCAUCUCAAUUCGCCACAUGGUUAAAUCCCAGGUGUUUUACUGGAUUGUCCUGAGCCUGGUGGCUCUCAACACCGCCUGCGUAGCCAUCGUGCAUCACAACCAGCCCCAGUGGCUCACUCACCUCCUCUACUAUGCAGAAUUUUUGUUUCUUGGACUCUUCCUCUUGGAGAUGUCCCUGAAGAUGUACGGCAUGGGGCCUCGCCUUUAUUUUCACUCUUCGUUCAACUGCUUUGAUUUUGGGGUCACAGUGGGCAGCAUCUUUGAAGUAGUCUGGGCAAUCUUCAGACCUGGUACAUCUUUUGGAAUCAGUGUUUUGCGAGCUCUUCGGCUUUUGAGAAUAUUUAAAAUAACCAAGUACUGGGCAUCUCUUCGGAAUUUGGUGGUCUCCCUGAUGAGCUCCAUGAAGUCCAUCAUCAGCUUGCUCUUCCUCCUCUUCCUCUUCAUUGUCGUUUUCGCUCUUCUAGGCAUGCAACUAUUUGGAGGCAGGUUUAACUUCAAUGAUGGGACUCCUUCAGCAAAUUUUGAUACCUUCCCUGCAGCUAUCAUGACUGUGUUCCAGAUCCUGACAGGGGAGGACUGGAAUGAGGUGAUGUACAAUGGGAUCCGUUCCCAGGGUGGAGUCAGCUCAGGCAUGUGGUCAGCCAUCUACUUCAUUGUGCUUACCUUGUUUGGAAACUAUACACUACUGAAUGUCUUCUUGGCCAUUGCUGUGGACAAUCUGGCCAAUGCCCAGGAGCUGACCAAGGAUGAGCAGGAGGAAGAGGAGGCCUUCAACCAGAAACAUGCACUGCAGAAGGCCAAGGAGGUCAGCCCGAUGUCUGCACCCAACAUGCCUUCUAUCGAAAGAGACAGAAGGAGAAGACACCACAUGUCGAUGUGGGAGCCACGCAGCAGCCACCUGAGGGAGCGGAGGCGCCGGCACCACAUGUCGGUGUGGGAGCAGCGCACCAGCCAGCUGAGGAGGCACAUGCAGAUGUCUAGCCAAGAGGCCCUCAACAAAGAGGAGGCCCCACCGAUGAACCCCCUCAACCCCCUCAACCCACUGAGCCCCCUCAACCCACUCAAUGCUCACCCCAGCCUCUACCGGAGGUCCAGGCCCAUCGAAGGCCUGGCUCUAGGCUUGGGCCUGGAGAAGUGUGAAGAGGAGCGCAUCAGCCGGGGGUCAUCCCUCAGAGGGGAUGGAGGGGACCUGACUGGUGCCCUGGACAACCAGAGGAGCCCCCUGUCCCUAGGCAAACGGGAGCCACCGUGGCUGGCCAGGCCUUGUCAUGGGAACUGUGACCCCACCCAGCAGGAGACUGGGGGAGGAGAGACUGUGGUAACCUUUGAAGACCGGGCCAGGCACAGGCAGAGCCAGAGGCGCAGCCGGCAUCGUCGUGUCAGGACCGAAGGCAAGGAGUCUGCAUCGGCCUCUCGGAGCAGGUCUGCCAGCCAGGAGCGGAGUCUAGAUGAAGCAGGGGGCCCCGAUGGGGAGAAGGACCAUGAGUUCCGGGGCAGCCAUGGAGGCAAGGAGCCAACAAUCCAUGAGGAGGAGCGAGCUCAGGAUUUAAGGAGGACCAACAGUCUGAUGGUGCCCAGAGGCUCGGGGCUGGCAGGAGCCCUGGAUGAGUCAGACACACCCCUGGUCCUGCCCCAGACUGAGCUGGAAGUGGGGAAGGACACAACGCUGGUGGAACAGGAAGCAGAGGGCAGCAGUGAGCAAGCCCUCCUGGGAGAUGUGCAGCUGGACGUGGGCCGGGGCAUCAGUCAGAGUGAGCCAGACCUGUCCUGCAUCACAGCCAACACAGACAAGGCCACCACGGAGAGCACUAGUGUCACUGUUGCCAUCCCUGAAGUGGACCCCUUGGUGGAUUCAACAGUGGUGCACAUUAGCAACAAGACGGAUGGAGAAGCCAGUCCCUUGAAAGAGGCAGAGAUCAAGGAGGAGGAGGAAGAAGUAGAGAAGAAGAAGCAGAAAAAGGAGAAGCGAGAGACAGGCAAAGCCAUGGUGCCCCACAGUUCCAUGUUCAUCUUCAGCACCACCAACCCGAUCCGGAGGGCCUGCCACUACAUUGUAAACCUGCGCUACUUUGAGAUGUGCAUCCUCCUGGUGAUCGCAGCCAGCAGCAUUGCCCUGGCAGCAGAGGACCCAGUCCUGACCAACUCUGAGCGCAACAAAGUCCUGAGGUAUUUUGACUAUGUUUUCACAGGCGUGUUCACCUUUGAGAUGGUUAUAAAGAUGAUAGACCAAGGCUUGAUCCUGCAGGAUGGGUCCUACUUCCGAGACCUCUGGAACAUCUUGGACUUUGUGGUGGUGGUUGGUGCAUUGGUGGCCUUUGCUCUCGCAAACGCUUUGGGAACCAACAAGGGCCGCGACAUCAAGACCAUCAAAUCUCUGCGGGUGCUCCGAGUUCUGAGGCCCCUGAAAACAAUCAAGCGCUUGCCCAAGCUCAAGGCUGUGUUCGACUGUGUGGUGACCUCCCUGAAGAAUGUCUUCAACAUUCUCAUUGUCUACAAGCUCUUCAUGUUCAUCUUUGCAGUCAUCGCAGUCCAGCUGUUCAAGGGGAAGUUCUUUUACUGCACAGACAGUUCCAAGGACACAGAGAAGGAGUGCAUAGGCAACUAUGUAGACCAUGAGAAAAACAAGAUGGAAGUGAAGGGCCGGGAAUGGAAGCGCCAUGAAUUCCACUAUGACAACAUCAUCUGGGCCCUGCUGACCCUCUUCACAGUUUCCACAGGGGAAGGAUGGCCUCAGGUUCUGCAGCACUCUGUAGAUGUGACAGAAGAGGACCGAGGUCCAAGCCGCAGCAACCGCAUGGAAAUGUCCAUCUUUUACGUGGUCUACUUCGUGGUCUUUCCCUUCUUCUUUGUCAACAUCUUUGUGGCUCUCAUCAUCAUCACCUUCCAGGAACAAGGAGACAAGAUGAUGGAGGAGUGCAGCCUAGAGAAGAAUGAGCGGGCUUGCAUCGACUUUGCCAUCAGUGCCAAACCGCUCACCCGCUACAUGCCACAGAACAGGCACACUUUCCAAUACCGUGUGUGGCACUUCGUGGUAUCUCCAUCCUUUGAAUACACCAUCAUGGCCAUGAUUGCCUUGAACACUGUGGUGCUGAUGAUGAAGUAUUACUCUGCUCCCUGCACCUAUGAGUUGGCCCUGAAGUACCUGAAUAUUGCCUUCACCAUGGUGUUUUCUCUGGAAUGUGUCCUGAAGAUCAUCGCUUUUGGCUUCUUGAACUAUUUCCGAGAUACCUGGAAUGUCUUUGACUUCAUCACCGUGAUUGGCAGCGUCACAGAAAUUAUCCUCACAGACAGCAAGCUGGUGAACACCAGUGGUUUCAAUAUGAGCUUUCUGAAGCUCUUCCGAGCUGCCCGUCUCAUAAAGCUUCUGCGUCAGGGCUACACCAUUCGUAUUUUACUUUGGACCUUUGUGCAGUCCUUCAAGGCUCUUCCCUAUGUCUGCCUUUUGAUUGCCAUGCUUUUCUUCAUUUAUGCCAUCAUUGGGAUGCAGGUAUUCGGAAACAUCAAAUUAGAUGAAGAAAGUCACAUCAACCGGCACAACAAUUUCCGGAGCUUCUUUGGGUCCCUCAUGCUACUCUUCAGGAGUGCCACAGGUGAGGCCUGGCAGGAGAUUAUGCUGUCAUGCCUCGGGGAGAAAGGCUGUGAGCCUGACACCACUGCACCAUCUGGGCAGAAUGAGAAUGAGCGCUGUGGCACUGACCUGGCCUAUGUUUAUUUCGUCUCCUUCAUCUUCUUCUGCUCCUUCUUGAUGCUCAACCUGUUUGUGGCUGUCAUCAUGGACAACUUUGAGUACCUGACUCGGGAUUCCUCCAUCUUGGGGCCGCACCACUUGGAUGAAUUUGUCCGUGUCUGGGCAGAAUACGACAGAGCAGCAUGUGGCCGCAUCCAUUACACUGAGAUGUAUGAAAUGCUGACUCUCAUGUCACCACCGCUAGGCCUCGGCAAGAGAUGUCCCUCCAAAGUGGCAUAUAAGAGGUUGGUCCUGAUGAACAUGCCAGUAGCUGAGGACAUGACCGUCCACUUCACCUCCACACUUAUGGCUCUGAUCCGGACAGCUCUGGACAUUAAAAUUGCCAAAGGUGGUGCAGAUAGGCAGCAGCUAGACUCGGAGCUACAAAAGGAGACCCUAGCCAUCUGGCCCCACCUGUCCCAGAAGAUGCUGGAUCUGCUUGUACCCAUGCCCAAAGCCUCCGACCUGACUGUGGGCAAAAUCUAUGCAGCAAUGAUGAUCAUGGACUACUACAAACAGAGUAAAGUAAAGAAGCAGAGGCAGCAACUGGAGGAACAGAAAAAUGCACCCAUGUUCCAGCGUAUGGAGCCCUCUUCUCUGCCUCAGGAGAUCAUUGCUAAUGCCAAAGCCCUACCUUAUCUCCAGCAGGACCCUGUUUCAGGCCUGAGUGGCCGGAGUGGAUACCCUUCCAUGAGUCCACUCUCCCCUCAGGAAAUAUUCCAGUUGGCUUGUAUGGACCCAGCCGAUGAUGGACAAUUUCAGGAACAGCAAUCUCUGGUGGUGACAGACCCUAGCUCCAUGAGACGUUCAUUCUCUACCAUUCGGGAUAAGCGUUCAAAUUCCUCGUGGUUGGAGGAAUUCUCCAUGGAGCGAAGCAGUGAAAACACGUACAAGUCUCGUCGCCGGAGUUACCACUCUUCCCUGCGGCUGUCAGCCCACAGGCUGAACUCAGACUCAGGCCACAAGUCAGACACCCAUCGCUCAGGGGGCAGGGAGCGAGGACGGUCCAAAGAGCGAAAGCAUCUUCUUUCUCCUGAUGUCUCCCGUUGUAAUUCUGAGGAGCGAGGGACUCAGGCCGACUGGGACUCCCCAGAGCGCCAUCAGUCCAGGUCACCCAGUGAAGGCAGAUCACAGACGCCUACCAGACAGGGAACAGGCUCCCUGAGUGAGAGCUCCAUCCCCUCCGUUUCGGACACCAGCACCCCAAGAAGAAGCCGUCGGCAGCUCCCACCUGUCCCACCAAAGCCUCGGCCCCUCCUUUCCUACAGUUCCCUACUGCGACACGCUGGCAGCAUCUCUCCACCAGCUGAUGGAAGUGAGGGUGGAUCCCCUCUGACCUCCCAAGCUCUGGAGAGCAACAGUGCUUGCCUGACCGAGUCUUCCAACUCCCCUCAUCCCCAGCAGGGCCAGCAUUCUUCCCCACAGCGCUAUAUCUCCGAGCCCUACCUGGCCCUGCAUGAAGACUCCCACGCCUCAGACUGUGGCGAGGAGGAGACGCUCACCUUCGAAGCGGCGGUGGCUACCAGCCUGGGCCGGUCCAACACCAUCGGCUCAGCCCCACCCCUGCGGCACAGCUGGCAGAUGCCCAAUGGGCACUAUCGGCGACGGAGGCGUGGGGGGCCUGGGCCUGGCAUGAUGUGUGGAGCUGUCAGUGACCUUCUGAGUGACACAGAAGAAGACGACAAGUGCUAGAGGCUGCUACCCCCUCCGAUGCAUGCUUUUCUCUCACAGGGAGGAAACCAAGACCGAAUUGGGAAGCCAGUGCGGCCCGGGGGGGAGGAAGAGGGAGGAGGAGGAUGGAAGGACUCCAUGCAUUAUCAGAGAAGAGGAAGCCAAGGACAUAUGGAAAACCAGUCAAAGCCACCAAAUUGCUUUAUUUCCCUUUGCAAGACAGGCACUGCCAUAGUUCUGCCUCUUUGCUGGGGAAAGAAAACACAAGAAUCUGGAGGGUUAUUCCCGUGGGAGAAGGGACACAAGGGUGGCUUGCCUUCCCUGGCACCUUGCCACUUUUCUAUAACCUGUGGAGGGAUCUGGCUGGCCUGGGUCUGUACACAUUGCCUUGAGCAGCCUGGAAGACAUUCUGGCUUUUACCUGGGAACAGUGGAGACUUGACUGUUGGAGAGCAAUCUCCUCCCCACCGGCUCUCUCCCAAGAUCAGCCAACACCACUGCUACCAGGGCAAAUGCAGUAGCAUCUCGUGUGUUAUUCUGUGGCUUGCAGCCCCUAAAGAAGUACAAGCUAAGGCAGAAGUGGUGGGCACCAAGAGUGGGAGGCAAGGAAGGAGGAAAGGGCUGAAAUGGAAGGAGUCAAGGUGCAGUGGCCACAGCAGCAAGGGCUGGUCUUGGUGAGAAAAGCCAUAGUCCAGAAGCCAAGCCAUGGAGGUGGGAGCCAAAGAAACAGAACAGGAGGUGCUGGUGGGUACAGUCCCGGAUCCUGCACCCUCAUAGUACUAUAGUAGCUAGGAUGGGUAAAGGCACACCCCAGGGCCCACAGAGGUGCCUGCGGCUCAGGUAAGAUCAACCAACACCUCUGAGCAGGGCACCAACCCACAGAGUCACAGUGCGGGAAGCCUAUGUUGUUCCCAGCAUUGGCCUGUUAGAUGCUGGUCAUGGGACAACUCCAAGAGUAGGGGUAAUCUGAGGAACUCAAAUAGAAUCCACUUUCCACCCAGAACAGAAGUAACUCAGUGUUGGUGGCAGCACUGUGUUGGUACUAGCACAUUCUGGCUGAAGAUGAGCCACACUCUGGG